AAUCUUCAAAUACAAGUAAUAAUGAAUACAGUAACUAGUAACGAGAAUAGAAUGGGAGCAAUAAGGGACUUAUGGCUAGCAGUGGAAUACUUACAUAACCACAACUUGGAAAAAGUGAACAACUCUUCCUAUAUAGUUAUAGCAGGAGAUACUUUAGUACCUUUUUUGAAUCUGCAAGACUUGUUGACCCAGUUUUUACAAUCUCUUCACUUUUUGGACUCUUUGGUCGUAGGUUAUGAACCCAAGAACAAGGAAGACUUGUGUAGAAGAGGUGUGUUUAGAGUACAACCUACUUCGAAUGGCAUUUGUGCUCUCGAUGUAAUAGAAAAACCUUCCCAUCCCAGUGAGGCUCCUUCUUCUAUAGCUUCCAUUCCCGUAUAUCUUUUCUCUUCCUAUUUAAAGCAAGAUUUGGAAAAAUAUAUAUCGAGUGACCCAACUCAACUAAGAAAUAUGGAUGCUCCAGGUCAUUUUCUCUCGUGGCUGUGUUCUGUUCGUAGAGUAUACUUGUACAUGACUCCUUAUCGUUUAGAUAUUGGAAAUCUAGCACAAUAUCAGGAAGCAUUGUGGUUUACAUCAUGUUGCUUUCUUAAGGAAGCCGCGGGAAGGUUUAUUUAUCGAGAAAGUAAUAGAGAAGAUUGUGAAGCUUUAGAUGACGAUUUCAUUUAUUUCAAACCUAAAGGUCGAACUUGCAACGAAAAUGCAGUUGGAAGAGCUUUACCUCGAGUAGGUCUUAUUGGCAACCCUUCAGAUGGAUACGGAGGCAAAGUUAUUUCCUGUACCAUUGAAGGCUGUGGAUUUGCUCAAGUCAUAGCUGAACCAAGCGAUACUUUUGGAAUUGUUCCUCAUCCUAUUCACGACUCUUUCGAGUUUUCAUCUUUAGCAGAAAUGAAUGAUGUGACAUCGUCUUGCGGAUUUUAUGGUGGUUUGCGGUUGUUACAAGCUGCUUGUGUUGUAUUCUAUCGUUUAUGUGAACAGAAGCAUGUCAUUUCACGAAAUUGUAAGUUGCAUUAUUCUUCCACUAUUCCACGUCAAGUAGGCUUUGGUGGCUCUUCUGCACUCAUUGUUGCUUGUUUUCGAUGUUUAGCAACCUUUUAUCAAAUCCCUAUGCUUCAGUUAGCACCCUUGGAAAAGUGGCCUACUAUUAUUUUACAAUGUGAAACUGAAUUACUUUCAAUAUCUGCUGGGUUGCAAGACAGAGUGGCUCAAAUCAUGGAAGGUGUCAUUUAUAUGGAUUUUUCAGAGUUGAAACAAGGUUGUGGUCAAUAUGAAAGAUUGAAGAAAAUUUCAUUGCCUGAUAUGUAUCUUGCUUGGUUACCUCAAGGAAAGUUCUCGGGUACUAUUCAUAGCAACUUGGGUGCUCGUUGGAGAAAUAAGGAGCCUUUGGUAUUACAAAUCAUGCAUUCCUUAGGUGAACUUGCAGAUAAGCUUCGAAAAGAUUGGAGAGAGAAGAAUGAGUUGGAUUCGGAACAAUUGGCCAAUUAUGUGGAUACCAAUUUUGAAUAUCGUAGACAAUUGUUAGGAAACCAAGUCAUCGGACGAGGCAAUUUAGAAAUGAUUCAAUUGGCUCGUCAAGAAGGAUGGGCUGCUAAAUUGGUGGGUAGUGGUGGUGCCAUUCUUUGUGUGCCUAAGAGACCUGUGCUGUACCAACCUAUAUGGAAAAUUGAACAAGCUUUUCGAGACAAGAACUUUUCCUUUUGUAAACUUCAAAUUGCCUGGUGAAUGGAUCCAGUCAACAACUUGAGAACAACGUUGCCGAUAGGGGUGUUGACGGUAUCCGAUAGAGUUGUACGAGGAGAGUAUUCUGA